AGUGGAGAGUCUUCGACAACGAAGAUUCACUUUCUUAAUCCGAUGCGUAGUAUCAUACUUUCGGAAACUGGUGCACGACCGUGAUCAUUUGUCCAUUGGGAGCGAUGAUUCCGAUGAGCACGGGGAGUCAUGACUACGUCAACGAACAGCCGGCUUAUCUCGGUAACCACUAUUCCACGGAUAAAUCGAUCCCAUGCGGCGUCGUCGAGUAAAGGUGAGGCAGUUGCAAUGGCAUACCGUAUGCUUGUCAUGGCGGCGUGGAGGACGAGCAAUGAAAAUGGCCGGAAGAUGCGAAGGGUCAGCGGAGAGGGACGGUAAGGCCGAAUAGAAGGCAACGGUCCACGCGUUCUCAGCAGCCUAUCCUAGAUUUAUUUCCGUGGAUAUUGCGCAAUAAACACGCUGCGCUGUUAGCUCACAGAAUGCUACCCCUCGCUUUGCUUCGAAGAGGUGCCAAGGGCUAGUAACAUUUAAUUUUCACCAAUCACCAGUGACGCGUUACACUGUCAUAAAUCAUACGUAAAAUGGAUUUUUGGAGGCCCAUUUAAAAGGAAAAGUCGACAGAAUCAACAAAGUCACCAAUGCAUCGCAAUAACUUGCCGCACAUUAUUGUAAUGCUAUUGUAAUACAGAAAAAUAAUUGCUGCUUUAAAUAAAAGAAUAUUUUUAUCAAUGUAUUAUUUAAAACGUUUAUGUUGUUAUGAAUGUGGUUCAAGUGUGCAAUGAAUGAGUACUCAGCUAAAUAUUUGAAAAUGUGUUGUACGCUUUAGAAGUAUUGAUAUCGAUUUUUUAUUUUCUAUCGGCGCUGAUUCUUAUAACCAAAUUUAUCACGGUCAUCAGGUUUGGUUUGCGGUGCGGUUGCUUUUCAAAGAAUUACCCCCUGUUUACUGAUACUCCAUUGUUCCUGCUCACAAAGCGUGUCGGUCAGUUUCAAAGAAUUGGUAUGAACGGACUGAUAAAUAAUCUCUAAUCCCUAACUACGCGCUCCUCUAUCUUCCACUAUCAUUCGUCAAGGGAAAUCCUGUUUACCUCGAAACUCGAAAUUUUAUUGAAAAAGUAUGUGGAAAUACCAAACGACGCGAACACUUCCUUGUAAACAACUGUGUUUUCGUCGAAUUGUAUUUCGGACGAUCUUCCACGGUCGAUCUGCAGAUACAAGUAUUUACUCAAGUGAAUUACGGAAUUUUCAAUGAAAAAAUAUGCGAGUGUGCUCAUACCUGAUUCAGACUCUCUACGAUGACGUAUCUCGAUUGUUAACACAUCCACGCGAUAUACACAUAGGCGUGUUUUAAGAUAAGAUUAUGUUACCAAGUCGAUCGCGAGCUUCAUGAAAACGCAAGCCCUAUAAUAAGUGAGGUUGCUACGGUAAAUUGUUAGCUAAAGUAUCGAUAUAAAGUGUCUUCGUAAAGUUCGUUUAACUUUUUAUUACCAUGACCGAUGGCAUCAUCGUUGGAUUGGUCGUGACAAUUAUUCUAAACUUUAUCGUGAAUAUAGUUUCAAGCCAAUCUUUGGAAACAUGUCCCUCGUUUUGUGUAUGUGACACUUGGUACAUGUUGCGGCGUGCCUCUUGCACGGGCCGCCAUCUUUAUAACGUAUAUACAGGUGUACCAAACACAGUGCAAGCUUUGGACUUGUCGAAUAACGUAAUAUCUUUUUUAAAUAAUUUUGAGUUGGCGAAUGCUGGAUUGACAAGUCUGAAACAUCUUAAUCUUUCCGGAAAUACAAUCAGUGAAAUCGGCUUGAAUGCUUUCGAUAAUCUUAACGAUUUAAAAGUCUUGGAUUUGUCCAAAAACCAUCUUUACGACAUUCCGGACGACGUUUUUUUGCAAAACAAAAAUUUACGAAUUUUAAAAUUGUCGAGGAAUAAUUUUAACUUGCAUCCUCCGAAAUUUCGAUCGCCUUGGCUGACGGAGCUAAGCUUGGAUUCAUGUCAGAUUAGUCAUUUACCCAUGGACAUGUUCAAUGGACUCCCGCGUAUCCAAUGCCUCGAUCUUUCGAACAAUCUGAUGAUUCAGAUGAGUAGUGCUGUCGUGCAGACAUUGCAACGUUUGAAAAAACUAUCUCUAACAGGAAAUCCAUGGUCUUGCAACGAAAUUAUGCACGAUCUGCAAAUACACCUCAAGCACAAAGAGGUGAAAUUCGAUGAAGUUUGCUUCAAAAAAAUGUACCCGAAGAAAUUUGAAAAAAUGAUCCUUCCACCUAUAAAGAAACAAACAAAUGACCAUUCCUGGAGUAUAAUUAGAAAUACAACUAUUGAGAAAACUAAACCAGUAACCUACAACACCUCGAGCUCGUUAAACAACAAAAGGUUGUCGACGAACAAGCAUAUAGCGAAUCAACAGAUUAUUAAUGUGUUUUUGUUUCUUAUUAUCGGUUUCAUAUCUGGUGUUGCGUGUGGAAUGUUUAUUUCAUAUUUUUGGUUUUCUGGAAAAUACAUAUGUACUAGAUAUCGUCGUCGAGAUAGCAAUUUGAGUUUGGAGUAUCACGAUUUCCAAAGGCACUCAUUGUUGAUGAAUCCAUAUUUACGAAAUAGUAUGGAGAGUGAUACAAGCCUGGCAGAACCUUCCCCAAGCACUCCACCGCCAUCUUAUAGGGAAGUUGUGUCACGACCAAGCCUUUAUCGUUGCCUGUAGAGACAUUCAAAUUUAAAUAACAAUAAUACCGGAUACAGAGAAAGGUACACGAAGGUAGCUUAUUGUUGUGUCAUAACUGGGACAAAAUGCGCAUAAGUAGCGCUCUACAUAAUAAUUUAUCAAGUCUUCAACUUUCAAAGCUUUACGCGUUACAUACUUUGUAUGCGACCU